AUGAACUCAGUACAACGUAUACCUACCCUGUACCGUAUUAUGCUGUCCUGGGUGGAGCCGAUAUUUUGCGCAUCAGGCACUGUCUUGGCCAUGUUCGACCCGACACGUUAUAUCGACACCAUGACGCCUCAUUUUGCAUAUGAUCCGCCUGUACAUCGAAUCCUCCUGGAUCAGGUCGGUGCUGUGUACCUCCUCAUGGCUUUCAACAGCGCCGUCGUGCUGAGGGUGACGGACGACCUCAGGGUCUGGAAGGCUGUAAUGGGAGGAAUUUGGUUAAGCGAUAUGUUGCAUAUCUGGGCCACCGUCAAGGAGCUGGGGGUCGAUGCCAUCCUCAACCCCCUUGCUUGGAGAGCUGUGGACUUGACAAACCUUGGCAUUUUGGUGGGGAUGAUGCUACUUCGCAUUGCUUUUAUUUUCGAGGUCGGCUUUAACAAAGAAUUCAAGAGGAAGCUACGUUGA